AUGGCAGGACACGACCACCACCACCACCACCACCACAACAACAACCUAUCUCUGUGUUUCUGUGAUCUAAUGAGGCUGCUGUGGUCUCUGGUUGUUCCCUGUGUUUACCUCAGCCUGCUGCUGACCCUGCUGCUGCUGCUGCUCCUGCUGGGGCUCAGAAUGUGGCUGCAGGGCCAACGCAAGGCCCGCCGGGCUCAGGACGGCGGACCGGCCGUGGCUUUCUUCCACCCGUACUGCAACGCUGGAGGAGGCGGGGAGCGGGUCCUGUGGUGCUCCCUGAGGGCCCUCAUGCACCGAUACCCCGGCGUCUCCUUCGUGGUUUAUACCGGUGAUCAGGGAGUGACGGGUGAGCAGAUUCUGGAGGGAGCCAGACAGAGAUUCAACAUCAUCCUUCCUCAGCCUGUCACCUUCAUCUUCCUGAAUCACCGCAUGCUGGUGGAGGCCAGCUCUUACCCUCACUUCACCCUGCUGGGACAGAGCGCUGGAUCCAUGUACCUCGGCUGGGAGGCGCUGACAGCCUUUGUUCCUGACCUGUAUGUGGACUCAAUGGGCUACGCCUUCACGCUGCCAAUCUUCCGCUACCUGGGAGGCUGUAAGGUGGCGAGCUAUGUUCACUAUCCCACCGUCAGCACUGACAUGCUGUCUGUGGUCAGAGAGAGGAACCCCAGGUUUAACAACGCUGACUUCAUCUCUAGAAACCCUGUGCUGAGUGCAGUCAAGGUGGUAUACUACUGCUGCUUUGCCCUGCUGUACGGCCUGGCUGGCUCCUGCAGUGAUGUCAUCAUGGUGAACUCCACCUGGACGCUGGGACACAUACUGGCUCUGUGGCGCUCCCCCAGCCGCACCAGCAUCGUCUACCCGCCCUGCGACGUCAGAGCCUUCCUGGACGUCCCGCUGGAUGAUGAAGAUGAAGAGGAGGUGGAGGAGGGCUGGGAGGAGCUGGGACGAGAGCUGCGGGGUGAAGAGGAAGCAGGAGGAGACAGGAAGUGCCACUCCGUCGUGUCAGUAGGUCAGUUCCGGCCGGAGAAGGACCACCGGCUGCAGAUCAGGGCGUUUCGCAAACUGCUGGACAGGAAAGGAGACGGGCCGGGGGGGCGGGAGUCCCUGAGGCUGGUGCUGAUUGGUGGGUGCAGGAACCAGGAGGAUGAGGAGAGGGUGCUGAUGCUGCGAGGACUCUGUCAGGAGCUGGCUGUGGAGGACAGAGUCGACUUCAAACUCAACGUGCCUUUUGAACAGUUGAAGAGAGAGCUGGUGGACGCCACCAUCGGUCUACACACCAUGUGGAACGAACACUUUGGCAUAGGCGUGGUGGAGUGUAUGGCUGCAGGCACCAUCGUUCUCGCCCACAAGUCCGGGGGUCCAAAGCUGGACAUCGUGGUGCCGUAUGAGGGAGGACAGACGGGCUUCCUGGCCGACACCGAGGACGGUUAUGCUGCUGCCAUGGAAACCAUCCUGACGCUGUCACCGACAGCUAGACUGGAGAUCCGACGUAACGCCCGGCGCUCUGUGGAGCGAUUCUCUGAUCAGGAGUUUGAAGCCUGUUUCCUCGCUGCCACGGAGUCUCUGAUGAGUCAACUGGAACGAUGAGGACACAGGCUGAGGCCCAGCAUCUUUAAUGUUAAACCCACAUAUGGAGCAGAGCACUGAGGGUCAUAUCUACAUGAAAAACAUGCUAUCCAUGCUAUUAGUUAAGUAUGACACAGUGCCUCAUUUGCACUUAAAAUAAUAGAAAAAGAUAUAAGAAGGAUUUCCUGGUGGACACACAGUUACUAUCAAUAAAGGAAACAAAUAGAGGAUGUUGCAUGUGUCAAACUGACAGGUGUUUGUUUAGCUUUCAUGUGGAUGACAGGACAGCAAAAAGCACCAGGACUGUUCACCAGACCAACAGAGACAUGAAGAAGCUUUGGACCAUCCAGUAUCAGCAGGUUGUCAGAAAGCUCGUCUACUGAGACACCAUCAACAGACUGUAAAAUGUUCCAGCUUUGAAAAGCAGAUGUCAUACAACUUAAUUAGCAAAACAUUUAAGUCACAUUGGGUUUGCCAUGAAACAGUCAAUAUUAUAUCUGUUGAUAUGAAAGUAAACUUCACAGUUAUCCACAUUUAUUGCAGUGGGAAGUCAGGAUUUGGGAAAUGCUUGUUUGUAUUCUUGUGUUUAAUUUCAUACCUCUCUCAUAUUUGAUCCAGGAAGUGAAAGCAAAGGAAACUGUUGGUCCUGAGAAGGAGCAGCAGCAGUUGUUGGUCAGGAAACAGCUCCUGUAUUUAAAGCACACUGUCUCAUUUUCUUCUUCUUCUUCAGUAUGGAUAUCAGACCACUUUGGAGUCUGGCAGUCAGUCCACCACAGACAUUUCUCAACAACUGCUGGAUGGAUUUUUUGGACACUUCCCACAUUAUGUCCUCUAGCGCCACCAUGAGGUUGACAUUUCUUGUUCAGAGUGAAAUAUCUUGACAAUGAUUCAGUGGAUUGCUGAACAAUGCAAUUUGCUACAGAUAUCAGAGUUUACCAGAGGAUACAUUAUAAUGCUAAACAUGAGACAUGACAGUGAUCUCCUCAGAGGAAGACACAUGCAAAAACACAUCUUUCUAAACAUGUUUCUUUAAAGGCUUUUAUUAUUAUAUUGAGAGAAUGUUCAACUCUAAACAUGUUGACACCACUGUUGGACACAUACUGUUCACCAGAGUAGAAGUGAAUAUAUAUAUAAGGUGAUUUUGUGAAACUGAUGGCAUCAUCUGUUUGUUAAUGAAAUAGGUGUGAAGGGGGUUGCAAUGCUCUUUUUCUGUUUAGUUAAAUGAAGACUGUAUAGAUUUAAAGAAGCACUUCUAACCACAGUGGGUCUGGUGAAGGUGAUCUGACCAAAUCUGUUAUUUAUAUGUUGUCUCACUUCCUGCAUUCCUGUUUGUGAUGAGGUUCAGGCGUGGAACUGUGAUCAAGUGUAAAAUAUAAAAGUCUUUAUUUUGAUAGAAGCAUUACUAUUGAAGUGUGUUCAUGUAGAGAGGUUGUUCUCAGAAAGUCCCCUUUAAUAAAUAAUACUGCAAUAAAUG